AUGUUUCCUUCUGUCCGCAUAUCGCAAUUGCCUCCGGGUGUCCGAGAGCUUCUCUCUCGGACCACACGAACUCAACUUUCACAUGCUCUGCCGUUGUCACGAGCAAGCCCGUUCACCCUUCAGCAGAGAAGAGGUAUAACUAUCAAUCAAUUAGAUGAUGGUCGAGACGAUCGCGAGCGGGUUGUUAUAUUAGGAUCUGGCUGGGCAGGCUUUACGGUAGCAAGAACACUGGAUCCGAAGAAAUAUCAAGCCGUUGUUGUAUCGCCGAGGUCCUAUUUUGCAUUUACGCCACUACUUGCCUCGACUGCGGUAGGAACUCUUGAGUUCCGGACGGCCCUUGAACCAGUCAGGAGUAGGCGUACGAAAGUUAGUUUCUUCCAGGGUUGGGCCGAUGAUGUGGAUUUCAAGAACAAGACGAUUACGAUUGAAGAGGCGGUUGAUGAUCCUACGCAAGGCAUGGCAUUGACAACGGAUCGACAUGCAGGCGAGACGAAAGAGCAGAGGGCAGCGGAGAGAAAGAAGGAUGUGGAAAAGGGCAAAACUUUCGAUCUCACGUAUGACAAACUGGUGGUCACGGUCGGUUGUUACAGCCAGACCUUCGGCACGCCUGGCGUCAAGGAAAACGCGUUCUUCUUGAAAGAUAUCGGCGACACGCGACGGAUAAGAAAUCGACUCCUAGCAUGCUUUGAAGGCGCGGCACUCCCAACCACGUCGGAUGAGAUGAGGAGGCAGCUGCUCAACUUUGCAGUCGUAGGAGGUGGACCUACGGGCAUCGAGUUUAGCGCCGAGCUGCAUGAUCUCAUCAACGAGGACAUGGCCAAGAUCUAUCCCGAGCUUAUACCUUACCAUAAGAUCACCGUCUACGAUGUCGCAGAGAAGGUACUUCCUAUGUUUGACGAAAAGCUAGCAGCUUAUGCUAUGCAAAAGUUUAAACGCAAGGGUAUCGACAUCAAGACUAGUCACCAUGUAGAAGAACUGCGGUCUGGAGCGCCUGUGGAACGGAACAGGUCAGCAGAUAGGAAGGAUUAUCUUUUGUACACCCUCAAGGUCAAAGAACAGGGCGAAAUCGGCGUAGGCAUGUGUGUCUGGAGUACGGGACUCAUGCAAAACCCCUUUGUCGCCCAAGCCCUCGACCACGUCCGCGAGGCGCCAGACAGUCUACAGCUCCUUCCCCAAUCCUCAUCGCCAUCUUCGUCAAACAAUAGUACCACUCUAUCGAAAGAUAUACAAUGGAAAGUCAAGAGAGACGCGAAAUCCGGCUCCAUCAUCACAGACGACCGUCUGCGCGUCAAACUUAUCCCUUCUACGACCUCCGAUUCCGCCUCCAUCGACAGCGACCUAGAAGCCAUGCACCCGGACGUCUUCGCCCUCGGAGACUGUGGCAUCAUCCAGGGCACAUCGUACCCGGCAACCGCCCAGGUCGCUUCACAAAAAGCCCUCUGGCUUGCUAAACGCCUCAACAAGACCGAUAUUGACAAGAAACCAGGUUUUACCUUCAAGGACCUGGGAACCUUGGCGUAUAUUGGGAACUGGAAUGCGCUGUUUCAGGGUGGCAAGGGAGGUAGCAUGCAAGGCUAUCUGGCGUGGAUUAUUUGGCGCGGCGCGUAUCUGACAAGGACCGUCAGUUGGAGGAAUAAGAUUCUUGUGCCGAUUUACUGGUGA